GCCCUGGAGCACGUUGGCAGAUGAGUGGGUGGCAGAAGUCGGGGCCUCCCUUAGAUGUAUAUAGGCACCGGCAUGAUAGAGGAGGGCCCCGUGACUCGAGGCAAGCUGGGCGGAAUGCAGGAGCCCCACUGUGCUUCUAGAAGCUGGGUUCCCACUGCCGCUGCCACACACCCUGACUUCCCACCCAGGCGCCAGGAUCCGACUUGGAACACUCGGCCUGACAAACAGCUUCUCUUGGAAUCGACCCACCUGUUCCUUUGUUAACAUAAACAAGAGCUCUUCUGUACGAGCCCCAUGGCAUCCUGCCCUGUCCUGCAGAAGGAGAAAGUGUUCCAGUCAGGAGCCCAUGCCUACAGAAUCCCCGCUCUGCUCUACCUGCCUCAACAGAAGACACUGCUGGCCUUUGCAGAAAAGCGGAUGAGCAAGAAGGAUGAGCACGCAGAGCUGAUUGUCCUGCGCAGAGGGAGCUAUGACGCAUCCAGCCACCACGUCCAGUGGCACGCUCAGGAGGUGGUGGCCCAAGCCCAGCUGGAGGGCCACCGGUCCAUGAACCCUAGCCCCUUGUACGACGAGAAGACAGGAACCCUCUUCCUCUUCUUCAUUGCCAUCCCCGGGCAGGUCUCCGAGCACCACCAGUUGCAUACGAGGGUCAAUGUGACGCGGCUGUGCCAGGUCACCAGCACUGACCACGGCAGGUCCUGGAGCCCUGCCAGGGACCUCACUGGCCCUGCCAUCGGCGCAGCCCACAAGGAAUGGGCCACCUUCGCGGUGGGCCCAGGGCACUGUCUGCAGCUGCACAACAAGGCCCAGAGUCUGGUGGUGCCCGCCUAUGCUUACCGGAACCUCCGCUCCCUCCCGAGGCCUUCCCCGUUCGCCUUCUGCUUCGUCAGCCACGACCACGGGCACACGUGGGAGAGGGGAAACUUUGUGGCCCAGGACACCCUGGAGUGCCAGGUGGCUGAAGUCGGGGGUGCGGAGCGGAGGGUGGUAUACCUGAAUGCCAGAAGCCCGCUCAGGGCCAGGGUCCAGGCCGAGAGCACCAACGAGGGGCUCGACUUCACGGAGGCCCAGGCGGUGAAGGAGCUCGUGGAGCCUCCCCACGGCUGCCAAGGGAGCGUCAUCAGUUUCCCAAACCCCCACGCGGGCUCAGGAGCCUGCGAUCAGUGGCUGCUCUACACUCACCCGACCGACCCGCAGCACAGAGCCGACCUGGGCGCCUACCUCCACCGGCGGUGCCCGGGCCGCGAGGCCUGGUCCAAGCCUGUCCUGCUGGCGGCCGGCGGCUGCGCCUACUCCGACCUGCAGGCCAUGGGCGCCGGCCCCGACGGCUCGCCCCAGUUCGGCUGCCUCUACGAGUCGGACCACUACGAAGAGGUCGUCUUCCUCAUGUUCACCCUGAAACAAGCCUUCCCCGCUGAGUUUGUGUCGCCGUGAGCCAUCGUGGCACCAGGAAGGACUCUCCGGCUGAGAGGCUCAGGCCUUUGCCUCUGGUUUUCCGGUUUUCCCUGGGUCUCCCUCACCCGGGGAGGCCGCUUCCCUAGGGGAAGCACGUGGGGAUUCCUCUCGGCUGGUCCUCCUCCUCCUUUGAUGGUCCUUCUAAGGGAUUCCACUCUCAGCCCACACGUUGAGGGAGCCUGGCUUCAGGGAAGGCACGGCCCCUGGACGGGCGGUGGGGAGAGCCGGCGCUCCGCAAGGCCCAGGCUGCCUGCUGCCGGCCCCAGCGUGUGCGGGGCUUGCUAAGUGACGGGGUCCAGGCCAUCUCCUCUGGGUCAAUGCUCCUCAUGUUCCUGGGGAGAGGCUGGGACAAGGAUGCGAAUUAGCAGAGGGGCGUGUGUGUGCGUGUGCAUAUGUGCACACGUGUGCUCGUGUGUUCUCAGUGAUGCCUUAGAGCAGACCGCACAGGAGACAGCUUUGCAGGGAGGUAGGGCAGGGCUAGGAAAAUUAAGCCAAUCUGAGUCAUUAUGUUAGUUUCCCGGGGCUCCCGUAACGAAUCAGUACAACUUUGGUGGCUUGAAACAACAGGAAUUUAUUCCCUGACGGUUCUAGAGGCUAGAAAUCCAAAAUCGAAGUGUCAGCAGGAUGAUACUCCCUUCGAAGGCCCUAGGGGAGAAACUUCCUUGCCCUUCCAGCGUCUGGUGACCUCCACUCAUGGCUACCCACCUUCCCUUAACGCCUCUAUCUAUGAAUAGUUUUCUUCCCUUCUCCUGUGCUUUCGCUUCUGUCUCUUACAAGGACACCUGUCGUUGGAUUUAGGGCACAGCCAGAUAACCCUCCACUCAAUUAUAUUUGCAAAGACUCUUCCCAAUAAUGUCACAUUCACUGAGGUUAGGACAUGGAUUUAUCUUUUGGGGCCAUCCUUCAAUCCCCUACACGCAUCAUAAGUGAUUUUGGAACAGGUGAUGUGGCCAAAGGUAGGAAUGAAAUUCAGAUGAAUCAGAUAAUUCCAAAGAACAAAGAGGGUAGGAGGGGCUGGGCUGUUGGAUGUGCAUCGGUGACACAGAGCUGCUCUGGGGCAUUCAGUGUUUGUAGUGACAGGAAUGCCACCCUGUGGAGGUGAAGAGAGAGGGAAAGGGUGCUGAGCCUGUGGGGUCCUCGCUGUAUAGAAAUGGCAGCGAGAAGACCACUCCCUGGUUGUCAUGAGGGUGAUAAUCCAAGAGAGGAACCCUAGGUGAAGGGGACUGACACUUCUCUGACCUCUGGGGUCUUCAGGAGCCUUUGUCACAUGUCCCAGUGGAAGAGUGGCCUCGCCCCCUGACCCCAUCAGAGCCCCUCCUACUGAUUGGAUCAAUCUAAUAGUUUGAUAGCAGGGAUCAAUGACAACAGUCAUGGGUUCUUGCAAUUGAGCCGUGUCUCCAGGUAGCCUGGCAGUGGUUAAAUGGAAUUUUUACAGUGCAGGGAGCUGGAAGUGUGGCUUUUGUUCUGGGUGUGUUUCCCCAGCACUGGUGUCCUAUCUGGGUGCUACCUCUCUGUGUGUGGUUUUAUGAAAUCCAGCUGGAAGGAUAAGGAAAUAGGGCCUGGUUAUUGCUGGGGUGGAAAGUAAGCCCCACUGCUUUGGGGAUGCCACCUGCUGUCUUCUGAAUCCUGCAAAUUUAGCUAUACAGAGGCCAGAGGCCUAGUCAGGGAAGUGAGGACACAGGCAUGCAGGCCAGGGGCAGCACAUUGUUAAGAGAUUUAGAGGUAGGGUGGCCAGAUAGUAUAUGAUCCAAAUCACAGGGAGCCUGCUUCUCCCUCUGCCUGUGUCUCUGCCUCUCUCUGUGUGUCUCUCAUGAAUAAAUAAUUAAAAUCUUAAAAAAAAAGA